CUCUCCCUCCACCAAGGUAGACUGCAUUUCAUUUCUCCUCCAUUUCCACAACUGUAACAGAAUUCUCUCUCUCCUCUCCGCACAUAAUCGAAAGGUUAUCCACACCAGCCGAGAAUCCUUAUCGGAGAGAGAUGAGAGAGAUCAUAAGCAUACACAUCGGCCAAGCCGGAAUUCAGGUCGGAAACUCUUGCUGGGAGCUUUAUUGCCUCGAACACGGCAUCCAGCCCGAUGGAAUGAUGCCUAGUGACACAUCUGUUGGAGUUGCAAACGAUUCCUUCAACACCUUCUUCAGUGAAACGCGUAAUGGCAAGCACGUGCCUCGUGCUAUUUUUGUUGAUCUCGAACCCACUGUUAUCGACGAAGUUAGAACUGGGACGUAUAGGCAACUCUUUCACCCCGAGCAGCUAAUUUCUGGAAAGGAGGAUGCGGCAAAUAACUUUGCAAGAGGACAUUACACUGUUGGUAAAGACAUCAUUGAUCUAUGCCUUGAUCGAGUCCGGAAGCUGGCAGACAACUGCACUGGAUUGCAGGGCUUUCUGGUAUUCAAUGCUGUUGGUGGUGGAACUGGCUCUGGCCUGGGAUCCCUGCUUCUUGAGCGUUUGUCUGUAGAUUACGGCAAAAAAUCAAAACUUGGCUUUAGUAUAUUCCCAUCUCCCCAGGUUUCUACUGCAGUGGUGGAGCCUUAUAACAGCGUUUUGUCCACUCACUCCCUGCUAGAACAUACAGAUGUUGUGGUGCUUUUGGACAAUGAAGCUAUAUAUGAUAUUUGCAGGAGAUCCUUGGACAUUGAUAGACCAUCUUAUACAAACCUAAACCGCUUGAUCUCACAAGUUAUCUCAUCCUUGACCACUUCCCUGCGAUUUGAUGGAGCCAUUAAUGUGGACAUCACUGAGUUUCAAACCAAUCUUGUGCCUUACCCUCGUAUUCAUUUCAUGCUUUCCUCUUAUGCACCAGUAAUUUCAGCAGCUAAAGCUUACCAUGAGCAGAUAUCUGUUCCUGAGAUCACAAAUGCAGUAUUUGAACCUUCAAGUAUGAUGGCAAAGUGUGAUCCACGACACGGGAAGUACAUGGCAUGUUGCUUGAUGUAUCGUGGCGAUGUUGUUCCAAAAGAUGUUAAUGCUGCUGUUGCUACUAUCAAAACAAAGAGGACAAUUCAAUUUGUUGACUGGUGCCCAACUGGUUUCAAAUGCGGCAUCAAUUACCAGGCACCGACAGUGGUACCAGGGGGUGAUCUUGCACAGGUGAAGCGCGCAGUGUGCAUGAUAAGCAACAACACAGCUGUAGCUGAAGUUUUCUCCCGAAUCAACCACAAAUUCGAUCUUAUGUAUUCCAAGCGAGCAUUUGUGCACUGGUAUGUGGGUGAAGGUAUGGAGGAAGGUGAAUUCUCAGAAGCACGUGAGGAUCUUGCUGCCCUUGAAAAGGACUACGAGGAAGUGGCUUCUGAAGAUGUGGAAGAGGAGGAGGAAGGAGAAGAGUAUUAAAAGCUCUGGAUAGAUCGAAUCGUUUACCCAACCCAAUCCACAAAUGUGUGUUUUUUUUUUCAGUUCUUUGCCAACUCCUUUCAAAUUCCAGUGAUUCAUUUUCAAGUAGAGAUAAGAGGAAAAAUGUUGCCCAGUUUCGUUGCAAGUGUAACUACACUGUUGGUGUGCUAUUGAUUGCAUCUUGGUAUUGCGUGAA